AUGGGAUCGCAGUUCACGGCUGAGUUUAAUUUCGGUGGCGAUCCUGAAGCGGCACAUAUCGUCAUCGAUAAAAUGCGCUGUCCCGUUACGUUGGUACCAUGGGAAGCGAUAAUCUUCGAUGGUUUAAAGCAUCAAAAAGAGAUCGAUUUCGAGGCGCAUUUGGGCGCCGGAACCCCUUUAGCGGACUUUUUUUCGACGAUAACAGCGAUUGGUCGAGAGGUAAUGCAUAAGAACGGACGUCAAUACUGCUAUGUUGAUGAGAUCGCU